CCGCGAGAUCGCAGCGCACUCGGCGGCGUGCAGUUCGCCAGUGCACGGCCGGCUAGCGCGAAGAAAGGGUCUCGGGAGCGCGCCCGAAGCGCGCGCGCGCUCUCUCGGUUCCCGCGGACGCGAACAAGCCUAGGCUGCGCCGAAAGUUACGCGCCUCUUCUCCGCUUCUUUUGUUCAGCGCUGGUCCUACUUUCUCCUUGGGGGGAAAAAAGUCGCUAAAAAAAGGAACUCUUGGUGUUUCCACUUUGCGCGUCGAAGGCCCACACCCAGAGCGCCCGCGACCACGACCCCUUUUGUGCCCCCCUCUUCUAGCGCCGGAAUCUAACAGGUUGCAGCUGCGGCUUUCCUGGAGCGCAUUCGUCGGCACCGUGCCGACCAUUCCCUACAACAGUGUUGUUGACUGCCUUCUCAAAUCGGCGUGUCAUCGACACAGUUACAACCUAAAGGUUUCUUCCGACUGGUCAACACGUCUGUUUGGCGUUGUACCCUAUCCUCGUGUGGUGCCGUGAGUGCUGGACCAUUUACCUACACAUUAGCACGCGUGGAUCUUCGAACUCAAGGGUAUUGAAGACGCUGUGCACUGAAGGCGCCGACGCAUGACAACGCUUCCGAAAGAGAGUGGCCUACUGAGCCGUACUUUUCUUCAUGACAAAGGUGGAUGAAGACAUCAUAAUGGAUUACGAAAGCGAACCGAAAUCGAACGACUUCUUGCAAGAGGACGCCAACACGUCGGCGAGUGGCGCUCAUCCAGAAGUCGCCGCCGCCGCUGCAGUUCCGCUCGCCGAGAGCUUGACGGGCCUUCUAAAUAUCACAAGCCGAGAAGCUCCCAUACAAUUCACGCUCCCGCUUCUCGGCUAUGCUAUGCCACUGCUCCUUGUCGUCACCAUCAUCGCCAACACGCUUGUCGUGGUCGUGCUCUCGCAACGGCACAUGCGCACGCCCACCAACAUCGUGCUCCUCGGAAUGGCCAUAUGUGACAUGAUGACGUUGCUGGUCCCGUCCCCAUGGUACUUCUACAUCUACUCGCUGGGAAACUACAAGACCCUGCUCACGCCGGCUUCCGCCUGCUACGCGUACAACAGCAUGCACGAAGUGAUUCCCAACUUCUUCCACACCUCCUCCAUCUGGCUGACGCUGCUUUUAGCCGGUCAGCGUUACAUCUACGUCUGUCGACCAGCUCGAGCGCGGGACUGGUGCACGGUGCCGAACGUGACUCGCGUCAUGUGUUGGAUCCUGGCCUUGGCUUUUGCCCAUCAGCUGCCACGCUUCUUCGACCGAACCUUCGAGGACGUCCAGUUCAGGUGGCACGGUCGGGUCCUGUGGGGCUGCAGCAUGCGCACCGCAUCGUGGGUUCACACCGUGUUCGCCGGGCACGCCUACUAUAUCGCUUACUACACGUUCAAAGUGGUCUUCGUAAACACAGGUCCGUGCACCGCGCUGGUGGUGCUCAAUCUGCUCCUGUUCAAGGCCCUCAAGCGCGCCCAGGACAAGCGGCUGAGACUAUUCCAAGAGCACCGGCGCAAGAGCGAAUGCAAGAGACUCAGGGAUAGCAACUGCACCACGAUGAUGUUAAUUAUUGUUGUCACGGUGUUCCUUUUGGUCGAAAUACCGCUGGCUGUCACAGUUCUUCUCCAUGUUCUUAUAAACACCAUUCGUGUUCGUACCGUGUCAUACGACUCGCUAAACAUAGUUAUCUUGUUCAGCAACUUUUUUAUCAUGUUAAGCUACCCCGUAAACUUUGCCAUCUACUGCGGAAUGAGCAGGCAGUUCAGAGAAACAUUCAAGGACCUCUUCCUCGUGGGGUCUGUCGUGAAUCGGCGCGAAGGUUCUUCCCGGUACUCGAUAAUGAACGGUCCACGGCCGUCGACCAAUGAGACUUUGCUAUAUUUAAACAUGAAUAUAGUUGUGCUCUUAGAACUCAUGGACAACUUCACCAACCUGACGGAUGGUUUCAACCACACCCAUCUAAUUCCGCCAGCUGAACAGAUCCCCAUGCUGGUGAAUCUUACCAAUCGAGGUCCACCGAUUGAGUUCGCCUUGCCGCUGCUGGGAUAUGCCAUGCCAGCGCUCUUGGUGGUGACCAUAAUCGCCAACACAUUUGUUGUGGUCGUGCUGGCGCAGCGUCACAUGCGGACGCCCACAAAUAUCGUCCUGCUGGGAAUGGCCGUCUGCGACAUGAUGACACUCCUGAUUCCAUCUCCAUGGUUCUUCUACAUUUACACUCUGGGGAACUACGCCACCGUGCUCGGUCCUUCGGCUACGUGCUACGCCUACAACAGCAUGAACGAGGUGAUCCCAAACGCGUUCCACACGGCCUCUGUCUGGCUGACGCUAGUGCUGGCUGGACAGCGUUACUUCUACGUCUGCCACCCGACCACAGCGGUCACCUGGUGCACCGUGCCUCGCGUGCUGCGAACAGUGUGCUGGGUUGGCUUUGUCGCAUUCGCACACCAGCUGCCGCGCUUCCUCGACACGGUGUUUGUAGACGUGCGCUUCUAUUGGCGCGGCGAAGUGCACUGGGGCUGCCAGAUGCUGGUCGCUGACUGGGUCACGCAGAUCUUCACCGCAAAGGCUUAUUUCAUCGCCUACUACGCCUUCAAGGUGAUCUUCGUCAACAUCGGGCCCUGCACCGUGCUCGUGGUGCUCAACAUCCUGCUGUUCCGAGCCCUCAAGCGCGCUCAGGAGAAGCGCGCCAAGCUGCUCAAGGAAAACCGCAAGAGCGAGUGCAGGAAGCUGCGUGACAGCAACUGUACCACCAUGAUGCUUAUCGUUGUGGUUACCGUGUUCCUGGCUGUCGAGAUACCACUCGCCGUGACCAUCGUGCUGCACGUGCUGAUAAACGCGUUCAGGGUGCAACUUGUCUCGUACUACGUUCUCAAUAUAACGCUGCUCUUCACCAACUUCUUCCUCAUGCUGAGCUACCCAGUGAACUUCGCCAUCUACUGUGGUAUGAGCAAGCAAUUUCGGAAGACGUUCAAGGAUCUCUUCAUUAUGGGCACGUUCGUCAACAAGACCCAGGGUUCAUCGCGUUACUCGCUGGUCAACGGACCCCGCACGGUGACGAAUGAGACCAUACUGUGAGAUGAACGUCUGGCCAUCCUCGAUGUAACCGGAGAGUGCCGCGAAAGGGAUAUGUUUUCGCGUGUCAGUGUAGGUUGGUGGAUGUUGACUGAAUGCCGCACAUUAUUUUACUUCAGUGAAAGGAAGCGUGGUCACCUAUGCUGCUCCUUCAACGGCUGCGGUAACAGAUGGGUGCUAACGUCGCAUUGCACAGUUGAGUUAAAAUGUCUGCGUUUGAUGCUAUUUUUCUUAAGCUGGCGCGAGAAUGCUGUGGGUUUAAAGGCUUGGUGUAAAUAAAGUUUAAGUUUCAGUUGCAGUUUCAACAGAAACGAAGGCAGGACUACUUGUAUCUGAACUCCUACGCUGCAUCGUUUUCUUCCGUUUCCUUACAUUCCCUAUUAUGAGCCCCACGGCCUCAUAGCUUGUAAUCACCUACAAGCUCUGAAAUGGUAAAAGAUUCCCUAUAAGAUACCUAAACAUUACAUGUGUUCAAUGAAUGGCGAGCGUAAGGUACAUAACUGUUCUUUCGAGCACUCUAAGCGUCAUGCUCAAUGUAGGACAGUGCUUAAAAUGUUGUGCGACUGACGACGUUAAUUUAUGUGUACAAAAAUAAAUUUUGUAGUUGCCAGUGCUAGAGAGACAGAGAGAGAGAGAGGGAGCUGUUAUACGCUAUUACUGAGAUAAGAAAGCGUCAUGUUCAUACUUCUAAAAAUUAAUCAGCACAUUCUACAGGAAGCCAUUCCGUAACAUACGUAGAAUAACCAACUAUAACGCAUUUCAUCUUCAACCACGAUGUGUCUGAACAGUGAAAUCUAGUACUUAUUUCAUCAUGCGCUCGUUCAGUACAUAUUCUCGAGCAUACUAAAAUUGCCAUCUCUGCUGCGGAAAAAUCAGAGCCACAUUUCUGAAAAAAAAUAUUUUUUGAAUUUCUGUGGCUGCCACCUUAUAAUGGUGCUUUAGCAGGGAACGCUGCUCACAGGUUAGGAUUUGCAACCUUUCUUCUUAAGCGUUACACCAUAUUUCGAAUGUAAAUAUCUAAGGAUUGUUCUACUCAACUGCAGAGCAGCGUUUUUAGUGUGCUGCUUAUGACAAUUUGAGGGCAUAAAAGAAGAUUUCACUUUUUAAAGCAGCUGACCACAAAGAAUAUUGUCGACUUUCAGCCAGGAGAGGAGCUUUGAGACGUGCUCAACACGCUGUUCACUUGUUUCCUUCCAGAGUCCUGAGCACUCAGGUAUUCCUUUCAAAGAAGCUACUAGCACUUUAAGAGCAUCAAGUUAUCUAUACCAGCGUAUAAUUCCUCUGCCACGCAAGCUAAUCUGCGCGUUCGCUCAACUGUACAGAAUUAAGCUGAGGACGAUUCCCUCUUCGCUGAAACUAGAUGUUUUAGAGAAAAUGCAUAAAAUUCUGUCCUAUUAGGAUGUAAAAAAAUGUUCAACGUGUACACAAGUUCAGCUGUUCUAGUGGAAGAGGAUGUCAUAUCAUUCAACUCUUGUUAAAGUCUUGGUGGAAAAACCGCUUUACCGCAAUCACACCAACCUGACUUCUGCACAUUCUCGAGGACACCCGUUAAAGACCUAUGCUUUUUUUUACAUUUCCUGCUAAACAUCAGCGUGUUGACUUCUCUGCCAUGACAGCGGUUGUUUUUCUGCAUACAUGUGGUUUGUGCACUGCGAGAAGCUGGUUACAAAGCAACAGUACGUGUUUCCUGAAUUCUAUGCUAUUAAGUAAGCUGAACAAGUUCCAAUGUUUGAAAGUAAAGAAAUCACUCCAUAGUUUGAAUCCCUUGGCACGAACAUUUAUUUCUCAAAGGAAACACCAACUUGUCCUAUAGCAGGUUGUCGGAAACUUGCCCGCCCGUGCUUGAACUGACAGUUCGAUCAACGGUGACGAAAACCCUCACUUUUUCUAUGUCGUUAGAGCAGGACAACUGAUGUCCCUCUUUGCCCGCAAGCUUACACGUGAGCUAGGUAUUGCUUUUGUGUCAUUAGCGCGAGUCUACUACUAUAAAUGUCACAAACUCGAAAGUGAUAAUUUCUCGCAUUCUAUAGGACUUCUCCUAAUUUUUUUAUUAGUUCUUUAAUGCCUUAGCUUUCGAUGACAAGGGCAAACUGGCAGCUUUGACAGUCUGCGCUCAGCUCAUCAUAUUUAAGAGUAACACGAUAGCUUUUCUUAAGGCAUAUUAUUUAUAUAUAGGGCUGCCAAGUGAGUUUGCUUGCAGCUACUGCUUGACAAAGAUGCACUAACAUCCAAAGCGGGAAUGCUAUAUCAAUAUCGGUUCCACUGCGGGUAACCUAGCGUCGAUAACGGCAGGAGCUAAUACGUUCUAUCUAGUAUCAACACUAUGGGCAAUGCUUGGAGCAUUUCCAGUGAAUCAAGUCAUCAUCCGCACAAAUCAUGACGAGUGUUGCGUUUCUGUGGUCACUUACAUUUCUUUAAUAAGAUCAAGCAGUCAGAGUUUACCUUUUUUGCCCCAUUCAAACCCACGAAGCUUUCAGAACGGGCAGUGGCGCCUCAACUUUCUUCAAAAAGCCUUCCCUAAACGUGUACACUCCGUCGAUGUUUGUGCCCUACCAGUGUUGUCGCCGUGUGUAUUGUUAAUGUGUCUAUGACAGAAAAAAAAAAACAAGUCUACUCCUUGAAAUGUUGGGAAAUGCGCUUGUAUCAUACAAUGGGAGCUGUAAUGCAAUGUAAGCAUGACAAAAAUAAAGCAUUGUUUGUUGAUUCCUAUCA